AUGAAGUUCUUUCUGCCUCUUCUGUUGGUUGCCAUCGCUGGCAUGGAGUUUGCCCAAACCUUGAAGUGUUACACCUGCCAUGAACCUACAUCAUCUGAGAAGUGCAUGAAGAUCCAGAAGUGUGGUAAGAAUGAAACCAUGUGCAAGACAACCAUGUAUUCCUUGGAGGAAGUUUAUCCUUUUGUGGGACUCUCAACUGUCACCAAGAUGUGCUCUUCAGUCUGCAGCCCAUCUGAUGUGGAUGGGAUUGGCAUGACGCGCCCCGUCUCCUGCUGUUACUCCAACUUGUGCAACAUUGAUGGUGCAGCUAGUUUGAGAAUUAGCUUUGUGCCAGUUGGGAUGUUAGCAAGCGUCAUAUGUGGUCUCUUCUGGACUAGAAUGUGA